AUGGCGAAACCCACGCUUUUGUUCGUCCCCGGUGCGUGGCACUCGCCUGCCCACUACGAGGCACUCAUGAAGGCCCUCGAGGAACAUGAAUAUCACUGUGAAGCUGUGGCGCUACCCUCGGUCGAUCCCAAGGAUCCGCCCAACACCGACGCCGACACGGAUGCCGCUGCCAUAUCUGCCGCCAUCAGGGACAUCUUGUCGUCGGGCAACGAUGUCGUCCUCAUUACCCAUUCAUACGGCGGCAUCCCUGGCCAAAGCGCCGCCUAUUCAUUCGUGGGCCAGAACCAAAACGGUCCACGACUCACGGCCAUCGCCAUGAUGUGUUCGUUCCUGUAUCCGCCGCAGACGGCUCUUCUCGCACCACUGGGAGGCAAACCUCACCCAAUCCACAUUGUCUCUGCGGAUGGAAACCUGGUGGACGUCGGACCACCGGGUCCCGAGACUCUCUUCUAUAACGGUGUGCCAGCCGAGGAAGCGGCGCGAUGCCUUGCUAUGAUCAGGACACACUCGUGGCGCUGUAAGAUGCUGCCGCCGACCGCGGAAGGGGCUGGGUGGUGGGAGAUACCCACCAGCUAUUUGAUUUGUGAGCAGGACAACGCCAUCCCCGCCGAUCUGCAGAGGAAGAUGGUCUCGGAUGCGAAUGAAGCGUUGGCCCAGAGGGGUUCCACGCUGAGGAUUCGGGAGGAAACGGUGGACAGCGGGCACAGUCCAUUCCUGAGUAUGACGGAGAGGACGGCAGACUUCAUCCGCCGCACCGCAGAAGAACAGGUGCCUUUCAAGUGA